GAAUGUGUAGUAGCGCUCAGAGUUAAUUCCCCGCACCGACAGUGUCACACUCCCGCAGGGCAUCGUCCGCUCGUCUUGGAGACGCGCAAAAAACCUGGACUAUUUAUCUGCCGGUGGUUCCCAAAACACACAGCUGCGGCUGCUGCUGUCUCUUCAUCGACUCCGUUAUCAUGCGCGUUUUGACUUGAAAGUCGCCUUUUCUGCUGUUGCUGCGUGUUCUCCGUUGCCAAAACAUUUUUGGGCGAAUGAAGAUUGCUCCACUCCAGGACGCGACAUCAAUGCCCGAGUCCGCCACGAUGAGCAAAAACGGAAUGGUCACGAAAAUCCACACGCGGAUAAGGAGCGACCCCUUCACGGCCACUUACGAGUUGGUCGGCAAAGAGCUGGGCAGGGGAAAGUUCGCGGUGGUGAAGAAGUGCAUGGAGAAGGCAACGGGGAAGCAGUACGCUGCCAAGUUCCUGCGAAAGCGACGGAAGGGUGAGGACUGCCGCAUGGACAUCUUGAACGAGAUUUCUGUGCUGGAGUCGGCCAAGGCAAACCCGUAUGUGGUGGCGCUGCACGAGGUCUACGAAACCAACACUGAAAUCAUCCUCGUUCUUGAGUGCGCCGCCGGUGGCGAAAUCUUCAACCAGUGCGUCGCCGAUAACGACGACGCCUUCACGGAGGAAGACGUGAUCCGGCUGGCCAAGCAGAUCCUGAACGGGGUGGCCUUCCUGCAUCGAAACAAUGUGGUGCAUCUGGAUCUGAAACCCCAGAACGUCCUGCUGACCAGUGCCAGACCUCUCGGGGACAUCCGCAUCGUGGACUUUGGCUUGUCCAGACGCAUGGACAACCUCACAGAAGUCCGGGAGAUCCUGGGCACGCCGGAGUAUGUGGCGCCGGAGAUCCUGAACUACGAACCCAUUAGCACUGCUACAGACAUGUGGAGUAUCGGGGUCCUGACCUACGUCAUGCUGACAGGCGAGUCUCCCUUCCUGGGCGACGACAAGCAGGAGACAUUCCUCAACAUCUCCCAGGUCAAUGUAGACUACUCGCAAGACACGUUUGAAGGAGUCUCCUCCCUGGCUGUCGACUUCAUCGAGUCCCUGUUGGUCAAAAACCCCAGGAAGAGAGCCACGGCAGAAGAAUGCCUCAACCACCCCUGGCUGAACCCGCUCCCCCAUCCCCACUCCCACCCGCACCUCCACACCAGGUCGGCCUCGUCUCUGGACGAGCCGGAGACGAGCCACUCCGAGUCGGAGCCCGAGAGCCCGGCCCCCUCCCCGGAGCUGGACUUGAUCGACUCAUACCUCGCGUGCCCGGGCCAGGGUGGGCUGAAGAUGGGCCGCCACGCCUUCUCCUUCGGCGAGACCCCCUUCCCCACGCGACCUGAGAUACAACAGGAGCUGAUCUGCUGAGCGACGCUUCCACCGGUGGAGAGAGACUGAACGAAUUCAAUCUCAAUGGAGCGGACGCUCGGAUCAGGUUGAGCCUGCAGCUUCCUGGUCUGGAUCUGACAGGGGGAGGGGCCAUGUUAUAUGGAUGCUGUACGCCUGCUGCUGGCUGCUUCUUACUGCUGUGAUGUCUGUGAGCUGGGCUGUGUGUAGUUUGAUACCUCUGCGUGUGUGUGUGAUUAAUACAUGCUACUCCGUGCUGAUUUAUGAUUGCACGGCAGGAAUGUGAGAGGAAUGAAGGAGCAAAGAGCAGGAGAGGACACAGGACGACGGGAUGGUGUCGCAGGACCGCACUGCUGCCUUUUUAAAGUGUCAGAAGAACUGAACUGGGCUCAGCUUAACGCUGUGGCCGGUUCGUCCCUGCACGCACACUGGUUUCUCUUUUUUUUUUUUUACCCAAUUAGCCUUUUUGAAGGAGGAGAGGCAGUGAUUCUGCCUCCUUGGGAAAUGACUUCACUCACUGUGUGCUCUCAUCAAAACAUGUUAUGCAUCAGCUGACCCAGACAUACCUUCUGUGAUGGGUCCUCUUGGAGGAAGUAAUGGGUUUUGACAGAUGGUUCUACUUAACAAAGGAAUUAAAGCAAAGGACACGGCACCUAUACGCUGGAGCCUGACGACAACCGUUCCACUGUUCAAUGUGUUUAUUUAUAAUUAUUUAGUUAUAUACCACUUUGGCCCCUUUAAAUAUACAAAGCCAUGUCGAUGCCUGAGUUUGAGAUGGAAAUGGUAGCAUUUUUUUUUUUUUUUUUUUAAGGACAAUCGAGCACUUUUUUAAAACAAAUUUUGUUAGUAGACGUCUGUGUAACGGUAAGAAACCAAAGGCUCAUCGGGCACAGUCAACUGUCACAAUGUACUGUACAUAUUCACUCCACCGUUCACUGUUUUUGUCACAUAAACUUAUAUUUUUCACAAGUUGCCACUUUGUCGAAUCGAUGUUAAUAUUACAGUUUUUCACAUGUGACAUUAUAUUUGUUUUGUUGGCUAUUGCACAAGUUGCACAAGGUUGUUUUUUUUGUACGUAACUGCAAUGUUAGGUUUCAUGCUCUUUAGAUAUAGUGAAAACAUCAGUCAGGAAUGGCAGGGGCUGAAAGCAACAGUUCAGCUUUGUUAUUAGAAUGGUGAGAGAUAAAAACGAAGAGCCCAGUUGUAUAAACAUGUGAUAUUUGCCUUCAGAUGUGUGGGAGCAGGGAAAUUGGAAGAAUUUCUCAAAAAAAAGUACUGAAAUGUAUAUUAUGAGUUAGUAUUAAAAAUUAAUCUGUAAGGAUAAUUGGUGUUUUUUUCUGUUUGUUUUUUUACCAGUGUAUGAAUGUUAACAUCCGUAUAUAUCAAAGUCUUAUUUUGUACGUUUAACUUUUACUUAUUGUUAUUGUUUUCUGCUCAUAAACUUCAGGCAGGUUUGCACUUGUCCUUGUGGACGUUUUGUUAAAAUUAAUAAAUGUUGAUGCAAAAUGUAAGAAAAAAAAUACAUGUGCAUUUUCUAUCAAACUAUAA